GUACCAGCACGCCCAGUCUGGAUGUCAAAGGAUAUGUUUUACUUCAAUAAUCCAAGACUCAAGAUCCAACUGCAUCGAGUCGCUGAGGGAUUCCUGGUUCAUCCACCCGUUUCUUUCUUCAUUGCUGAGGCAGCUGGAGUCAUGGCGGCGUUAACUUACGGUCCUGAUCUGGGCCCGUGUUCCGUGUGCGAGAAACCGUCGUCGCGCGCCUGCAGUCGGUGCCGCGUGGACUUCUACUGCGGCAAGGAACAUCAAGUGCUGGACUUCAGUCGGCAUCGCAAGGGGUGCGGCGUUCUGGCCGAACGAUGCAACGACGAGGUGGGGCGCCACCUGGUGGCCGUUCGCGACAUCCCCGCCGGCACCAUCUUGAUGCGCGAGGAGCCCAUCGUGGCCGUCACGACGCCGGCAACCCUUCCAGAUCAAGAGGCGUGCGUGGGGUGCUGCGCAGUGCGGCCUGUGCGGCAAAUGAAGGCGUGCCGAGGCUGUGGGUGGCUCGUCUGUGGGGAUGCCUGCAGCCUCAAGGACAUCCACGUCCCAGAAUGCACUGCGUUCAAGCGCGCCAACUUCCGAUACAGCAGAGAGUUCAAUUUCGGUGGUGGCAAGAGCGCCCUACACUGGGACGGGUUGGCUGCGCUGCGGAUAUGCCUGGCUUCGCAGCAACCAACACUGCGACCACGCCUAGCGAAACUGACGUCCAAUCUUGACUUCCAUUGCCCUCCGGAUGUCCCGGAGCCGUACGCCUCGCGUCUCCGCGGGGGCUCCCGCGUCCUCCCCUGCAGGCGGGACGAGGCAGUGUCGUGGCUGCGAAACAGGGUCGGCAUCACGUGGAUUCCAAUCGAAGACUUGCAGCAGGCGCUCGGGGCGUUCUUCAUGAACUCGCUGAAGAUGGACGGGCACCCCAACGAUCCGCUGGAGCGGAAGCUGAGCGGCCUGUUCGCUGGCUACUCCCUGCUGGAGCACGCGUGCGUCCCCAACGCCUUCUUCCUGCCCUGGCGCCUGGACGACUCUGGAGUCGGGCACCGCUACGGCCACGUUCUGGUGGCCGCGAAGAACAUCGCCGCCGGCGAGCACGUGGCCAUCACCUACCUGCCCGACACGGUGAUGGGCACCUCCCAGCGGCGCCUGGACCUGACGUGGUGGCUGUUCUACUGCCGCUGCCCCAUGUGCAGCGACGCCUCGGAGCUGGGCCUCCACGUGGACGCGUGGCACUGCGGCCACUGCAACCGCCAGGGCAGACGCUGCUUGGUGACUCGCCCCGCCGGGCAGUGGCAGUGCGAUGGGUGCGGCAAGGGCGGCUCGCUGUACGACGACCCCGAGGGAAGUGGCUGGGCAGAAGUGUCGCGCCUCGAGCGCCGCCUGGACGAGAUGCAAGAACGGGAAGCGGAGGUGCGGGUGCAGGAGUGGCUGUCCUUCAUUGCAGACGCGCAGGGUCCACGCGGCCUCCUGCACGCCACCCACCGCAUCGUGUUCACGGCCAAGUUCGAGAUGGUGUACCAGUACCUGGCGGACUUCAACAACUCGCAGGGCCGCGGUCUGAAGAAAGUACAAGCAGUGGGGUUGCGGAACGCGCUGGGCCACCUUCGCGACGUGCUUCGCGUCGCGGACGUCUACCGCCCCGGCCUCAAUCCACUGCGACGAGAAGUUGAGAGGGCCCGGUUUGAUCUCCUGCAGGCCAUCCUCAGUCUCAAGCAGCCUCAAGACAAGGUCCUGGUUGCGGAGUACCUGGAUCUCCGCGCUACGAUCAGGUCCUUUUUGAUCGACCCAUGGCGGAAAAGUACUUUUCCUCCCUGCUGAAUGUGAUUGCCAUGAUGAUCCUGUGCUUGCUUUUCGCAUCUUUCAGGACAAAAACUUGUGAACAAUUGUCCCUUGUAAUUUAACUUAUUGUACAAUCAUUACCAUUUCCUUUUUUUUUGUACGCCACCGUUACUUGCGGUGAAUCAAUUUUUAUGGUCAAGUUCUUAGUGUUCUACAUCAAAACCAUAUUAAUCGACCAAUUUUAAUCGGCAGAAAAUAACUUUUCCUGCCUGCUUGUUGUGAUUACAUUGUUGUUGGUUCAUGUUUGCUUUUCGUAUCUCUCUGCACGAAAACUUGCCAACAAUGAGCCCCGAGCCGAUUUUACUUCUUUUACUGUACUUACCCAUUGCCUUAUUAGCGCCAUCCAUUAAUUGUGGUAUGUUACAUUGAUGUUAAUGUAAUCAGUAUUGUGUAAUCAAUAAAUGUGGUGAAUCUGUUAAUCACUGCAAAGACUCAA